AUGGCUGCCGCGCGCCCACAGCCCCAGAGUCCCGGCUCAUCGACCUCGGAGUCCCGAUCUCCGGAGUCACCGGACCUGGUCCUGGUGCCCGAUGAUGACCGUCCCACCACACCCCCGAAUGACCUCAUCGAGAUCCAGGUCGUGAGGGUAACAGACACCACACUGGUCCCUGAGCCCCCAGAGCCGGGCUCCCUCCACUGUGCCUUGUGCCCAGCUGCCUUCCGGCUGGUUUCCGACCUCCUCUUCCACGAACAUGGCCACCUGGCGGGGGCUGAGGGUGGCGGGCAGGGUGGAGACCCCUGCCGGUGUCACGUGUGUGGUCACCGCUGCCCGGGUCCUGCCAGCCUCCGAGCUCACUACAGCCUGCACACAGGAGAACGUCCCUACCGCUGCCCCCUCUGCCCCCGAGCCUUCAAGGCCCUGGCGCCCUUGCUCCGGCACCAGCUCCGACAUGGGGUGGACACGCCGCCCUCCCAGAGGCCUCCGGACGCAGCAGCGGCUGUUGGGGAGCAGCGGCCCGGGGUGCCCCAGGAGAGGGCGGAGGUAGUGAUGGCUGCGGCGGCGGCAGGUGCGGCCGUGGGGAAGCCCUUUGCGUGCAGGUUCUGCGCCAAGCCUUUCCGCCGCUCCUCAGACAUGCGCGACCACGAGCGCGUCCACACGGGCGAGCGGCCCUACCACUGUGGCGUCUGCGGCAAAGGCUUCACCCAGUCCUCGGUGCUCAGUGGCCACGCCCGCAUCCACACGGGUGAGCGCCCCUUCCGCUGCACCCUCUGCGAUCGUACCUUCAACAACUCCUCCAACUUCCGGAAGCACCAGCGCACCCACUUCCACGGACCCGGGCCUGGGCUUGGCCUCGGGCUGGGAGACUUAGGUGGCCCACUGGGGUCAGCGACCGAGGGGUUGGGGCGUGGGUAUGGGGCAGGAAACACCUUGCAAGAGGGGCGAGGGGAGACCGUGAAGGUGAAAGCGGAGGCCAAUCAGUAG